GAUUGGGACAAGAAGUUAAAAUACCUUGUUAAUGAGCCCAAUUAAGGAUUACUAAAUUAAAUGUUAGGCGAGGACAAGCGCGGCCAUCAUGUGAUGACAUGCCAGAGUAAAGUCAAAUCCAAUAACACCGAUUAACAUAAUAUAGCAAUGACCUCAUUGCAUGAUCAGUCCAUAGAUACAGCUUGCAAGCUUAUUUCGUAAUGGGAAGUUCAGCAUAAUUUUCAUUUGCCAGCAAGUUAAGGUGAUUUGACACUGUUUGUCUAUCUUUACUACAUACAAUAUAGCACCAAAAAAAAAAAAGAAAACGUGGAUUAAAAAGCUGGUCAGAAAAUACUCUGGCACAUUAUCAAGAAAGAAGAGAUCAUCAUAUUGGUCAAUUCAAAGCGAGAGGCAAACCGCUGCAUACAGCAAUUAUGAUCUGAAGACGUGGCAUAUAUUGAGAUUUUUCUGUCAGUUGCCAUUAACUGGAGAUCAAAACAUUCCACGGACAUGCCAUGGUACAGGAGUCUGCCUUUAAAUUGCCUAUGUCUGUUGUCUACUUUGGUUGUGGCUCUAGAUGGAAGUAAAGAGUACUGCAUGGACUGGAAACCCCAAUGUCGGGAUUGGAAGUGUAAAUAUGGUUAUACGAAACGUUUUUGUCCAAAAAAGUGUGGAUUGUGUACGCCAAGAACUCCACCUUUAGCUACCCAUUUCUCUUCAACAAUAACAUCACCAACGGCACACGGCUCUACAACGCGUACGGUAACAACACCAUGUACACACUCCUCUACAACGCCGACUACAUCCACAACAACACGUAUCUCUACAAUGAAGUUAAAAACAAAGGAAGAACCCGUUACAACACGCCAUAAUUUCCAAGCAACAGAAAAUACAGUGCCAAAAUCACCUUAUACCGGGCAGCGGCUGACUGAUAAAUCCAUAACCACCCAGAAAUCAGAUGAGUCUCCAAAUGGCUAUGCAAGCUACUCCGAAUCAGGAUUGAAUGUUGCUAUGGUGAUAGGCAUUGCAGUGGGUUGCUUACUUGUCAUAGCUAUGGUCAUUCUUCUGUUCAUAUUCAAACGAAGGAAAAAAAGAAGACGUGCUUCUUUGUUACACGAACCGGAAACCAUCAUCACGAUGCAGCCAUUUAACUACACACAUGAUAAACAACGCGACUCUAGUAAAAACGAUGCGGCGAUAAUCUACAAGGAUUUGCAUGGAGACAAAGGAACUCUCUCAGCGUCUCAAAAACAGUUGAAAGACGAUUCAUUGAAAGACGACGAACCUUUCUAUCACAUACUGGAAGGAAACACGCAAAGCGAGCAUUUGUACGCAUGCGCAUAUUCCAAUACUCAUGAAAACAAAGCUUUUGACUUUUUUGAAUCGACUGUGCGCAGCCAAUCACGUCCUGAGGAGAUACAAUAUGAAAUAGCUUCUACUUCAGUUCAUAAGAACAAAGCAACUCAGGAUAAGAACGAUCGUAAAGAUGACUACGAUAAGCCAUAUUAUCACGUGCUGGAAAAACAGAAUACAAAAUAUCGAGAAGAUCGUGAUGAUGCGCCAUUGCCAGUUUAUCAGCCGCUAAUUGGAGCAAAAAAAGACGUGAUGGAAAAUACCGCAGACCAAUGUAGUUGGUAUCAACCGCUGACUGGUAUAAGGUCCAAGGGCACAAGAAUGUCCUAAACUGAUACUUUUAAACUGAAACGCAAUUCGUUUUAAAAAAAAGGGACAUUCAAUGUCUACGAUUCAAGUAGGAUUGAGCCAACACAGCUGGAUAAAACGAAAUCCGAAAUGCCUAAAUAAGGAGAGCCGUUCUCCUCAUACUGGAAACGUAUAGCUUGUAAACAAGAUAUGAUAAAGAUUGGAUGAGCACGAGGAUAUGAAAAAUAUUGAAUGAAAAUUGAAAAUUAAGAGAUUAUGUAAGAAUGCUAAGAAAGAGUAACUCUAUUAAUGAAUUUGCUUCAUAUCUGAGUCGGCACAAAAUCUGUUAUUCAACUUUUUUCUCAGCAAUUCAUUUAGCGUAACCACAUAUAUAAUAUAAAUACGUUCAUGACCUUUUAAAAAAUCAAUAUUUUAUUUCAUUGAUCAGUUUGUUUAUAUUGUCACUUCGAUCCAUUUUCGAUGGUAUUCCUAGAAAUCCACUCAGUCAUGUUAUCUAACUAUGAUCAGUAAACUUAUCCAUCGAUACUCAAUUAAACAAUUUAUUGUA